AUGGCGGCCAAAAGACCAUUUGUUCCGGAAGGAAACACGCCAGGCAAGACCGCAAGCAAACGACCGUCGACACAAGGAACCUCGCGGAAGAGUCUUUUCCAAGAAAGUGACAGACGUAAAAGUGCUUCAAGUAUCCAAAAAUGGACUGAUGAAGAAACGACUGCUCUCGUUCAGUAUAUCUUUCUUUAUUCAGAAAAUAAGUGGACCGAUAAAUGGCCAACAGGAGAAGAUCCCGAGUUCUGGAAGGCCUGCUCAGUGUAUGUAAAUAAGGUGUGCAAAUCUUCCCGUACAGGUUUGUCAACUGUGAUUGAUUAUAAUUGUUUGCUCAGUCUCUACUCCUUGAAAGAGAGAGAGACAUAAGUCAGUGUCUUUCCCCCUAUGACCUUUUUAGUUUGAAAUCAAUAUUAUUAUUUUUUUAAAACUUCUGUAUGGGAGAGUAAAAAGGUAUCUUGUAAAAAUUGCUCCUUAUUUCUUUCUCUUACUCAAAAGGUUGAUCCUGUUGCACCAGGGUUACAAAGUUCUUGGCUAAGGAGUUCAAAACCCUUUCAGAGGUUGAGGAGGCACUACAAAUUGUCUAUGUUAGGAGCUCUGUUGCAUUUGAAGAAAGCAGCGUUUUUGAAGAAAGGGCCAGAAGCACCCCACAGAAAACUGUGUUAGUGGACGAUGCCUGCCUGUCACCUAUUUUCAGUUGUUCACCAAGUAAAGGUGCAGAGCAAAGUGUUGGUGAUGUGGUGAGGCAGUUUCUCAUGUACUUUAAAAGUUCCCUGUCAUCAAGGCUGAGGACUCAAUUAUUGCAACACAUUUUCAAAUUGUCAGUUUUGCAAGACCAUGGAAAUGAUUUUUUUAAAUCCGUGAACAGUGAUUUUCUAAAUGUAAGCUUGGGUGCAAUGAAAACGUUGUUUACAGAACAAAAAACACAAUCUGAUUUAUGACCUAAUUAGAUGCUUCAAUGGUUUAACUACGCGAAUGCCCUUAGACAGAAUGCCUUUUGGCUUAAUCGAUUAUAACAUCCGAUUCUUUGCUAGCAGCAAAACCCAGAAACUUGGUAUGGAGAAGCAUUACUCUUCUUGGCUUCAGACCAUGUUUUCCCAGUUUGGCCAGAAAUGGCUGUGUCUCCACAGAGGACCAGCUGAGCAGUAUGAUGAAGAUCCUAUGCCAGUGCAAUCUGUACAAAAUAAGUUGGAUCACAGCAGCGGAGCUGACAAUGAGGAAGAAAUUGAUAUUAUCCAGAGUGCAUUGCAGCAGUCAUCACUUAGUCUGGAUUUAGAGGAAAGCAGUGUUUCUCUAGAACUGUCCUCCACCAUGAGCGGUUGCAGUAAGACAUCUGCUGAGUAUCCUAAUCAGCAAAAUAGUUCAUCUGUAGCGAUUGAAGAAGACCAAUCUCUCUCUCCUCUUGUCGAGGAGAAUGUCAUUUCAUCACCAGAGCCAUCAGAUGGUGGACAAGUGGCACACCUCUCACACUUAUGGACUCACGCAUCCAAUAUUGAGAGGCAAGAAGUGGAAUUGGGCCUCUUGCCUCCUCAGGAAAUGGAGAGGCUUCAUUCCAUACGGCCUACUGGAGUAAAUAAUGCAAAUCGUAAUCCAUGGAUGUUUGACCCGUUGAAGGUU